CGUGAAAGGGUGACGUCAUUUGUUCCGCGUUGGCCUGGACGUGGCAAGGAAGGAAUGCUAUAGAAUCGCCCACACAGUGCUAAGAUCGCAUUCCACUUCGGGAUUUUUACCUUUUAAGAAAGACAUUUUUAACACGGCAUGGGACUCACCAUAUCGUCGCUUUUUUCUAAGCUGUUUGGCAAAAAGCAGAUGCGAAUAUUGAUGGUUGGUCUAGAUGCAGCAGGAAAGACCACCAUCUUGUACAAACUUAAGCUGGGAGAGAUUGUGACCACUAUUCCAACAAUCGGCUUCAACGUGGAGACAGUAGAGUACAAGAACAUCUGCUUCACGGUGUGGGACGUGGGCGGCCAGGACAAAAUUCGUCCCCUGUGGAGACACUACUUCCAGAACACGCAGGGCCUCAUCUUCGUAGUCGACAGCAAUGACAGGGAGCGUGUAGCCGAGUCUGCAGAGGAGCUCGCAAAAAUGCUGCAGGAGGAUGAGCUCCGGGACGCUGUCUUACUGGUGUUCGCGAACAAGCAGGACCUGCCCAAUGCCAUGGCGGUGAGCGAUCUGACUGAGAAACUAGGUCUGCGGAACCUUCGCAGCAGAACUUGGCACGUCCAGGCCACCUGUGCCACCCAGGGUACAGGCCUGUACGAAGGGCUGGACUGGUUAUCCAACGAACUGUCGAAACGCUAAGCAGGAGAGCACCGAGCCGAAGACCGGUGUGAACGAAAGAGCCAAUUGGGGGAGAGAGAGAGAGAGAGCUGUCGAGGAGAGUUUCAACCGAGAAGUGAUGUCUGAAUUAUGAGUGUCUGUUCAGUAGACGUUGUUUAGAAGUUACGGGUUUUGAAACCAAUCCCUUUUGUAAACGCCUCUGUUUAUUGUCCCUACAGAUGUUUCAUAGUCACUCUGCUGUCUACUCCUUUAGCAUUAAGAACUGUUUUCAGCUGCAUGUUUUUAAGUGGAAAAUAAAUAUGUACCAGCCGCAACCACAGUGAGGAGCCGAGAGGAGAGGCAGGAAGCCGGGGGUGGGUGCAGGCCUAUUGUCAGGCCAGGCGGCCUACAUACCAGCUGGAGUCCAUCAGGCCGUCUCGUUCCAGGUAGCAGGCGACUGACCCCUGCACCAAGGAAACGGUAGUCAGGAGAACCGGGUGCUUUACAAGGAUUUUAGGGGCCAACAAUGCAAUAAUACAUCCACACCACCACAGUAACAUGUGGUCUGUUUUGAGGAAGACGUACUAUGGAUUUUCCUACUGAGGGACAUGUAUACACCACUACUUUUUAGUCCUAUUUUCUGUCAGUAGAUCCCAUCAAGUCUUUCUAUAUUAGAUAUUUCUAUUAGCCUUUUUGGUACAAUGGCCUGAUGUCAUGGUUGCUCUCAGUCGUCUUGAGAGGAUGGAGGGGCAGUUCAAUUCAAUUUAUUUUUAUAUAGCGCCUUUCACAACAAAGUUACUCCAAGGCACCUGUGGGAUAAGUCAGCAGAGGCUGACACGUUUAUGGUUCUCCCCCAACUGGCUACCCACAGCGCCGCCUACAGGCCCAGCAUGUAACGGCACCCAUACUUUAUGUCGCGCUAUCAAACAAUCAAAUACAACAAAUACACACAUUGUGAACACUGGGGCAGUGCGCACCUUAUAAAAGGACAAAUCCAAGAAUAAUUUUCAAGAGAGCUGUGAGCAGUUGAUUUGAGACGUGUUAGGUACACACUGUAUAUAUGGGGGUUCCUUUUUGCAGUGCUGAACUUAACUGCAGUAGAUUCCAAUUUCUUGCCCACUUCUGAAUGGGGUGAUGAAGAGCUCCUAACAACAGACUUAAUUUCUCCAGCUGCAUGUCCUGGGUGUAAAUGAGGACCUCGUUUUCCAGUGUGCAUGGGGUUGUGGGUCCUGAGUUUGCUUAAAUAAAGUUACCUAAAUAUGA